AUGAUCGAAAAAAGUUUUGUAUGGCACAAGCGCCAGGGCCAGGAAUGGGUCAGCGUGUCAGUUGACGAUAACAGCGAGAUCAUCAAAUCAAAACCUGGGAUGGUUAAGUCUGGCAAUGAGUCGUCAAGUAUACCCGAAGACAACUCAUCGUCCACUGAUGAGCGUGGAACAGGAGAGAAAGUGGGCAUAGCAGUUGGAGUUGUCUGCGGAGCCACUGCAACAGCGGUCGCCCUGUGGUUCUUCUACCGUUGUACUCGAAGAGCAGGUCGGGAUGGCAACCACAGACAGGAUGCAGACGUCUUCACCGGAGAAAAGUCUGAGAUGGAUGGGGAGGGUGUUAAGACGUCUGAGCUCGCCCAUGAGACUCGGCCUCUGGACCCCGAAGCUCAGGGUAUGGCCGAGCUGAGCAGUCCACUGGCGCAUGAGCUGCCCACACCUUGCACAGCACUGAUAAACGACGGUUCCAACAAGAGUGGUAUAGUGUACGAGUUACAAGGGAAUGAGAUGGAAAUGCAUGGCAUGAAGGGGAUUAAGAACAUGAGAGCGAAUUAA